UACAUGAGGAGACUCGAGGCAAACAACGGGGAGCGGAUGGAUAUUCGAAUCAUCGGUUGAUUUGAUUCUGCUGUCCAUUCGAAGGAGAAGCCACGGUGCUGGUGCGUUUCUGCUCCACACGCUUGAAGUUCUGACCGCAAGAAGAGUCAAACUCCAUCCCGAAGACAGCAUGGGAUCGACCGUGGGAGCAUUCAUUCCAUAGAGGAAAAAUCGGAUCCAUCGACCGGCGUCACAAUUUCCAGAGCUCAUCGGAGAUCGGAGAGGAGCGCCUCGAUAUGAAGAUCUAUCUCAAACAAUUGGUUUCAAUAGCGACUUCGAAAACGCCAGCGGAUCGACAGGGAUGGCUUCUAAAACGAGGAGAGGUGAACAAGAAUUUCCAGAAAAGGUGGUUCGUCCUCCGUGGAAACAUGUUGUUUUACUUUGAAAAACCCGACCGGGAGCCUGUGGGCCUCAUAGUGCUCGAAGGUUGUAGCAUCGAGUUGGCGGAGUGCUCCGAGACUGAAAGGUAUGCCUUCCUUGUCAUCUUCCAUGGACCUGGUGCGAGAAUUUACACGAUGGCUGCAAACUCCCAGGAUGAUAUGGAAGGCUGGAUGAAGGCGUUGUCUUGCGCGAAUUACGACUUCUUACGCAACACUGUAGCCGAACUGCAAAGGCAAAUCGACGAGAUUCGGUCCACUACGCAGUCGAGCGCGCCGACGGGGAAGAUCUCUUCGUUGUCCUUGAGUCCAGCUGUGACGCCACCUCCGCAGGCGCCACCUCGUAAGAAGUCCUCACCGCCGAGACAACCGCCCUCGGCGAGCUUAGAUUUCAAUCCUUUCAAUUAUGUGUCAACCACAGCCGCUCAACAGGCGACCAGAAUGCCGACCACGUUCGACGAGCUGCACACGAGAUACGCCUUGAAGAUUCAAGAGGUGUUCAACGAACCGAAACUCAUAGCACAAUGUCCUGGUCAGCUCAUCGAUUUGUAGCGUGUUCGAACCGGUCGGGGACCACGUAGCUCCUAGAAAUCGCCGUGCACAAUCCGUAGUCGAUGACGUAGUUCCCCGACUUCCCCAAAAAAAGCCAUCGUUAAUCAUUAUAGGGCUAUUGUUAGAGUGACUCGUUUUGACUCAAGCUAGGCGGUCAAAGUGACAGUGAUUCGUUUCGUGCAUCGAGGCUCUGAACUUUGAGCAACCGCUAUCGACAGUUUAAUCAAAUCCUAAACCCGAGUGACAUAUUAGGUAGGAAAAUAUUGGAGUUCUAUCUAUCGAAAAUAUGGGGAACCCUUGCAUAUCACUGUGCGCAACCUCAGCUCGGCUGUCAAGAAAGAUGAAUAUCUGGCUCCCUGUCCAGGAAAACAGCUCUUCUCUCACCGAACGGAGUCUUGAAUCCCGAUGGGUCGCUCAUUUCGCCCCCCCCCCCCUUCUGAUUCUGUCGUCCCUGUGAAGAGAGAUGAGCCCUUAUACGAUUAAAAAUUCUCGAACAUUGGGGGCAAGGUUCGGCUUCCGGAUGAGAAAUCCCUCAGCACAGCAGGAAUGGAAGGGCAGAGAGGAAAAACUCUGCCACGAAUCUCCGUUUACGACGGGAUCCCGCUCACGGCGGCGACACACUGAAUCGUGUCACGUAGAGGACCGGAUUUCCAGUAUCAGAUUUUACGCAUGACAUCGCAAUUCUGACACUGGUUUUAUGAUAUUUAUAUACACGAAUUAUGAUGAUCCGAAAUAGCAACUGCAUCAGUGCGUUGUGUGUACAUUCCAUUCUAGUCCAAUUGCGAAGGUUAUCGUGAAUAAAUGCCGAUGGAUUCGCGACAAA